AUUCGUGAAAUCGAUGUGAUCAACGUCAAUACAUUAUUAAAAACACCUGAAUUAUUUUGUGAUGUUUGUUGUAUGAUGUUUGAUCAAUCGGAUAGUUCAUCUUUUCAAGUGAUUGCCAAGACUUAUAUGAAAAACUUUCAUAAUACAAAACUUCCUAUAUUGCUAGUCGCAUCGAAAAAAGAUUUAACACAAGUAAAACAAAAUUAUCCAUUACAACCGGAUGAAUUUUGUCUUACAAAUAAACUAACACCAUUACAUAAAUUUUCGGCCAUUAAUGAAAUUAAUGAUUCAUCUGGAACUGGAUCAUCAAUGAUUGCUGCUAAUGGUGCAUUAGAAGUUUAUGAAAAAUUAGUAACAAUGGCAGCAUAUCCAAAUCUAAAUAAAUUAGUACAUCUUUUGUUAGUAAAACCAACUAAUUCAUGGUUAGCACGUAAUAUGAAUAUCAUACAUCGAUGUCUUCCACAGGAUAGAACAAUGUUACAAGUAGCUGGUAUUGGAUUAGCAACAAUUGCUAUAUUUGGUGUUUUUCUUUUACGUUAUCUACGUUCUUCAACACUUCAUCAUCAUCAUCCACAUUGACUAAUUUACUGAUUUUAAGUUUGUAAAAUCAUUUUCACAUUUUCAAUUGUAGAAUAUCAGAUAAUUUUUCUU